UCACGAAACUAAGACCAUGCGCAGUAGGGGUUUUAGUUAGGUUCAUGGGCUCGAGUUCUAAGGGACCGAUGAAUAAAAGAAAAUAAAAAAUGGGUUCGUUUUGAUGAACCGGGCCUUGCGAGUGAUACCGUAUGAAGCGGGUUCAAGCCACGCGUCGGGUGUUGAUUUGCUGAACGAAAGCGCGUAGAGGAGGAGGAAAGUUGGGGUUCGACGUGUAUCGCCUCAUUUGUUCUUCUCCACCAAAAAGCUAGGGUUUUUUUCUGAGAGGCGAUAUUUCGUGCGACUUCGUCUCCCGGAGGUUUUCUCGUUCUAAUCGACGACGGAGUGUCUUCUCCACUUGCUCAGAUGGAAACUCCCCGAGAACCUCAUUUCUUCAAGCCUCUUCUUCCUGGUUUUCAAAGUGGCGUCGCAAUACCACUUGACUUCUACUCAAAACACAUACAAGGGGCUGAGAUCAAUAAACCGUGGAAGCUAAGAGCGGACGCUUCAGAUCAAAUUUGGGAGGUGAUCCGAGAAGGCAGGACACUCACCAAAGGUUGGAAAGAGUUCACCGAAGCACAUGAUCUUCGAAUCGGUGACAUUGUCAUCUUCAAACACGAAGGAGACAUGGUCUUUCAUGUGACUCCUUUUGGUCCUAGCUGUUGUGAGAUUCAGUAUACACAUCCUCACGCGGAUGAUGCUCCUACUUUCUCAUACGACUACUGCUUCUUGGCUGAGGUUACUCCUACAAAUCAAAAGGACGACAAAAUGUUUCUUCCUGUGGAAGCUAUGAGGUGUGGUGCUUUGAACCAACAAUGCAAAGAGGUCAAACUUGUCAACAAGGAGGGAAAGUCAUGGACUGCGCGCUUCGGAUUUAGCGAAUCAGACGGCGCAUAUUACAUCAGCAGAGGGUGGAGAAAGUUCUGUCGUGAUAACAGAUGCACCAACGGAGAUUUGUUUGUGUUCAACGUGGUUGGAGACGGGACGACAACUCCAUUACUGUGUGUAUGUCCGGAAAGGAAGGAGUGUACUGAACUACUGAUCAAGCACUUCAGCAGAAUCGAUGGUAGCAUUGCUUCUACCUCACGAAAUUAGAUGGCUCUUUUGCGGUCUUUCCUCUCUAUCAUCUUAACUUGUUUCUUUUUGUUUCAUUAGCAACUUAUCAACUUAUGUAUUUCGGUUUGUAAAACUUGAAUGGUUUUUCUAUGUGAACUUUUAUCCUAAGUUAAACAUUCUCGAACUUAA